AUGACUUUAAAAUGGUUCAUGGGCCUGGGGCCCUAUAAUGCUAGUGUCGGUGAUCACGUUUAUAUUCUGUUUGGAGUUGAUGUCCCAUUUGUUCUCCGGAGGAUGGAAAGCAAGGGUAACUUCAGAAUCAUUGGAGACUGGUUAGUGUUUAUACCGAAACCAUAAAUGAAACGCUACUUACUCUUCAUUUCAGUUAUACUCAUGGGUUUAUGGACGGAGAGAUUCUAGAGGCAGAACGGAGGGGUGAAGUUGAGAUGGAAAGCAUCAAUAUCCACUGA